UGUUGCGUUUGACGGUUCACUUCCUGCUUUGCAGUGGGAAAUCAAUACACUUCAGCAGUGAAUAGAAAAGUAGGAAAGGUGAGGAUACCGAGGAUCUGUCAGCAUAGAAGGUGUCCUGCUGGAUGUGGAUAGUCCGUUACAUUUCCACCCUGGGCUGAUUCCUGUCUCUUGAGAGGCGGACCCAACAUGGUGCACGUCUACAACUGCCAUCCCUUCGCCUCACAGCAGAUAGUACAGGUGGAGCAGGAGCCUGGACUGGUCUGCUGUGGAGGUGGAGCUCUGUUCGUGGUGGCUACUGGAGGAUGCAAGGUGGAGGCCUACAAUGUGGAGCAGGAGGGCUGCCCCUUCAUCUGUCGCUUUGCCACCAUGGGCACUGUAAAGAGCAUCCAGCACAGCAAAAUGGGAGAUUACCUGGUUACCAUUGAGGAGAAGAACAGUGCUACCUACCUGAGAGCCUACACCAACUGGAGAUACCAGGCGGAAGGGAAGGCCCGAGUAGGGGUGCGUUUGUUGGGCCACCUGCUGCGAGGGGCGUCUGUGCGGGGCGGGGUGCAGAUGGAGAUCAUCGAGAUCCCUCUGUCAGAGCGCCCUGUUGCCGUGGCAUGUUGCCCGGUAACAGGAGAUCUUCUGGUCGGCUGUGAGGACACUCUGGUCCUGUUCGCUUUGAGGAGACAGAACCCGCAGAGCGUGAAUUUCCUGGAUUUUGAGCGCUCUGUUAUCCUGCAUCUCCCAAAAAUCGAGCCUAAACAGGUGGCACUGUGGGGCGGUUAUGUGGCAGUGCAGAUGGAGCUGGAGGUGCUGGUUCUGAAACUGGAUGCAUCCUCUGAAUCGAAAACCAUAGAAUCACCCAACACAAAGAAAAGUUUGUAUCUGUUGCCCUCUUCAAUGAUUGAUGCCAUCUAUGUAUCUUAUUGACUGUUAAAAAUAAGCAUAGAUAUGUCAGCAGGAACAGAAAGUAACAGAUCUUUGUGUUUUUUGUGUGCAGCAGAUCAUAUAGAUGACCCGGCUGACUUUAUGGUUCUUCCGAGACACCAGGAGUUGCUGGGUGAUGUAGCUAAAGACUGUGACAUUCGUGUCAGCAUUGAGAAUACCGGGCUGGAGGACGGCAAAGGACAAUACACGCUAUCAUAUGUUCUCUUCAGGCGUUUUACUCCGGACUUCUUCCAAGGCUGCAGUGUCGAGGGGACCCAACUCCACUCACUGCAGCUUUACCCACUGUUCACCAGUAACCAGUCUGUACCUCUGGAAGAACCAGCAUGUGUUUUCUGCUUCUUCUCCCUCCCCAACGCGGGCUACCUGUACAGUCUGAAGGGUGGUGUCGAGCUUCUGUCCACCUAUCAGUAUCCAGAGAAAGUCCUGAAGGCGGUGCUAACAGACCACCUGCUGCACGUCAUUACAAAGAAUGCAGUGCAGUGUUUCACAGUGCGUUGUGCAGCCGUAGCAGCCAGGGUUGUGGACCCUUACAUCGACACCACCAUGAAGGCCUGUCCGCCCUGCAGCAUGGAGGUGUGUGCGCUCAGGAUGCAGCUGUUUAUUGGUCUGCGCUCAAUGUGUGUCUACGGCCGCCAUGUCAUCCUGCUCUCCGCUGCUGACACAGAGACACCAGAGGAACCUGAACGCACCCCACAACGCAGAGGCCUGAGCAGGAAGUGGACGAUCUCCUCUCCUAAAGAAACCAGCCCAGCAGGACACGGGUGGAACCUGUAUGUGAUCGACACCGUCAGCCCCCUCACUCUUUACCAAGAGAUGGUCGAAUACAGCGAGCGGUAUGCAGAGACCAACCCGCAGGCCCAAAACCUGCGGCACCUCCUGAGUGAAGCCCACCUCUUCCUCCGCGCCUCCUUACUCAGGACAGAGCAAUCAGAGCAGCAACAAAACAUCGAGGGUGAAGCCGCACUGAGGGACAGGACAGCUGCACAGACAGACAGGCAGGAACUGGAGGAGGCACUCAGGCACAACUGUGCACAGCUGGGAGACUGUUUCAGCAGGGGUACUCAGAAGGAUUGCCACCUGGCUUUGCCAUACUACAGGAUGUCCGGUCUGUCAGUCACAGAAGUCAUGGCCAGAAACCGCCCGCUUCCAAGCAGCCCUCACACCUACGGCCCCGGCUUCCUGUUUUACCUGAAGCAUUUCCUGUUUGAGGAAACAGAGCAGACUCUCAGCCAGGAGGAAGCUGAUGAAGUCAUAGACAUUUUCAGCCAAUCAGAGCCCUCACAGCUCGUCAGUGUGUGUGCCAGCCCGUCCAUGAUAAACCUGAGUCCAACCAAAACGCUGCAAAUCCUAAUACAUCAGGAGGACACGUGUGGUGUGUCGGUUCUUCUCACAAUCACCAUGGCAACCAUGAUGCUGUGUUUGGAUGACCUGCCACAGUAUACACAGCUGAUGGAGAGACAUGCCGAGAUGCUGCUGGUGUACGGGUUCAUCGAGGAGCCGAGGCUACUGCUGCACGGUGGAGUUGGCUUUCAGCACACACACAUCCGUGCCACACGACUGACUUGCCAGCUGGCAAAGUCCCAACCAGGACUGCUGGUGGCUGCGAUGGUGGCUUUACAUGAAAACAGCAAAGUUCAGCUGGAGCAGGCUGAUCACAUAUUCGAGGAACUGGGCUGUGAGAAGUGCUUGCAGGUGGAUUUCUGGGAGGCGAUGCUCAUGGCUUCCUCACAGGAAGCUGUCAUCCAGGAACUCCUGUUCAGACUUGUGUCCAUCUAUAUCGAGCGACUUACAAUCACAACCUCCGCUACACACCUCAACGAACCACAUAUACCUUCAAGACGAAGGCCGCUGAAGAGCCCUGAAGAUCUGAUAAACUCGUGUUCCCAUUAUGGUGCUCUCUACCCGUGGCUCACCGUUCUCAAUCCAGCUCACACUACCAGCUCCCAACACCAGGAGGCGCUGUACAAACUGCAGUCUCUGCUGUGUGGUCCGUCUCUGUCUGUGGGCUUCGUGGUGCCUCUGAUGGAGCGUCUGUCAGAGGAAACCUUAUGGGGCUUCAGCCUGCACCUCCUCUGCUCCACCAGGAGGGGCCAGUAUGACCACAGCAUUGAGAAGCUGCUGGACCGAUGUCCUCAGGCCAUCAUAGCCUAUGCAAACCACCAGUUACAAGACAAGCAUAUGGUGUUGUGGUGGCAGAAGCUGCUGCCUGAGCUUUGUAACAGGACGAGAGCUGCUUCAGACAACAGCAUCCUAUUGGCAGCGCUCAAAGAGACGCUUGUUGUGGUUGCCAUGGAGAUGAGUCCCACAGACUUUCUGGAGCUGAUACCUGACGACGGCACGGCCUCCUACUUCCUGCCUCAUCUGUUGACAUGUAGCCAGAGACACUUAAUGGCCUGAAACACACACACACACUGUACUUAAAUAUACAAGGACAAACGGGACAGUUGUUCAUUCAAACUGACAUAUAGAAUAACUGCAUCCCAUUGUAUGCAUUUGAACUGCUGCAUCGGGGCAAGUUAUUGCUUUGGGGUUGCAGUUUUUCAGUUGCUGUAAACGGACCUAACAGUAGAGUGUGAUAAAAAUCAAUGUAGAUAAAAAUCAUGAAAAAAAUUGUUCUAGGUUCCCCUGCAGGUUCAUGUUCUUUGGAGCAGCAUAUAAAUAACACAAUAUGUUUCUUUUAAUUGAUUGAUUUACUUUGCCAUUUUUUAGUUUUGUUUGCCAUUCGUAUUAGAAUGCAUGGUCAUUUUUGUUACAAUUUUAAAGAUCUUAAAGUGGUCUUAAGAUUUAAUGUGGUGAUACAAACUUAAUGUGUACAGUAGCUACUAUUAUAUUAUCUAAUAAAGUUUGUUGUCCUAAAAAUAGUGCCUGAAUGGGUUUAGGGUUACUAUGAAAAGCAAAAUAAACCAGUCCACUUGAUUUGUUGUAACUGUAUUCUGACUCACAACUUCCUCAUUUAACUCGUUGUGCUACUCCCUUAUUAUGACACAUGAUCAUUUUCAGUGUGUGCUUUUCUUUUGUUAAGUCAUUACAGUUUCAACAAAGAAAUGAGGUGUGACUUUAAACAAACCCUGCUCAGAUUGACCCAGAAAAAUAACAUGAAUAGUUAGUAGAUCACUGAUCUGUGUAACUGCUGCUGCUGAAGUCUGCGCACUUUAUCAAGAUUUGUUUAGCAAUCUUGCCUGAUGUUUUUGGCUGUGGAUUCAAAUAAAUGUCUUACUUGACGAGCAAAGGCAAUACAUGUAGA